UUCUCAGCUUCAUAUAAUUAAGCAAUCAUUUUUUAAUAAAGGGCCUUCUUCAUGCCAAAACGGCUAAACCUAGCAAUAUUUUCCUUUAUAUAUAAAGUCAUAUACAAGACCUUCCUUCUCAUCAAUCAUUUCAUCAUUUGCUCUACUACUUCCAAACCAUACUACCUACUCUAUCUCUCUCUCUCUCCCUCUCUCUGCAGUCCAAAACCAGUAUGGAGCUUUCUCUCCAACUCAAUUCCCACCAAUUCCUGAAAGCACCAUUCCUUCCAAACCGGCUCAAAUCCAUCGUCUCCUGCCGAGCCACCAUGACUAAUAAUAACACUAGCCGGAAGAACAAUUUGUACCAAGUGCUGUCACUCUCAUCGGAAAGUGACGUCGGACCCGAGGAGAUAAAGAAAGCCUACAGAAAGCUGGCCCGACAGCACCACCCGGACGUCCGACCCGCAUCCGGGAAAGAGGAGUCGACCCGCCGGUUCUUGGAGAUCCGCGAGGCCUACGAGACGCUGUCCGACCCGGCCUCCCGUCUGGCAUACGACUACGAGCUCAGCAACGUGAACUCCGUCGGGAGGCCGCGGCGGAGCGAGUGCUGGUCGUCGUCGUCGUCGUCGAGGGCGGUGUGGCAAAUGCAGCUCCAUGGGCUGAAAGAGCGGUCUCGGGGCAGGAUGGAGAGGAAGAGUUAUAGUUCUUAAUUCAGCAACAAAAUAAAAUGUUUUUA